CGUUCAGACACAAUCCGCUCCCGGGCCAGGCGGUGGCGGGUCGCCUCGGAAUGCUGGGACGCUGCUCGUCGGAAUCGGCUGCUGGAAGGAGUUCUCCUCGCGGUCCUCGUCUUUUCCAUCUUAGCUCGCUCUGCCCCAAGGAGGACAGAUCGUCAUCAUCACCAUCAUCAAUUUGGGACCUGCUAAGACCCGAUCGCGGGGUAGUUGGAGAACGUGGGGAAAGCGACGCGAGAGAGCCUUUUAAAAAAUUGGGCCGGGCAUCUCGUUUUCAUUUUUAAUUUUUGCGAGCAUCUGCGCUGGGGACUCUGAUGCACCCGUUCCAGUGGUGUAACGGAUGCUUCUGCGGAUUGGGGCUAAUUUACACCAACAAAUCUUGCACAAUGCCGCCCAUCACCUUCCAGGACUUGCCGCUAAAUAUCUACAUGGUGAUUUUUGGCACCGGCAUCUUCGUCUUCGUGCUCAGCCUCAUCUUCUGCUGCUACUUCAUUAGCAAACUUCGGCAUCAGGCACAGAGUGAACGAUUUGGAUACAAAGAGGUGGUUUUGAAAGGUGAUGCCAGAAAGCUAAACUUACACGGGCAGACUUGUGCCGUCUGCCUCGAAGACUUUAAAGUGAAAGAUGAGCUGGGAGUGUUGCCUUGCCAACAUGCCUUCCACAGAAAGUGCCUCGUGAAGUGGUUGGAAGUUCGGUGCGUCUGCCCCAUGUGCAAUAAGCCCAUCGCAGGCCCCACUGAGCCCCACCAGAACAUUGGAAUCCUCCUGGACGAACUGGUGUGAUGUCCGCCCUCCCACCAAGAACCGCAUACCCCUUCCCCACCCACCCCAAAAGGCAGAGCCUCCGCUGAGAUGGACUAUGGCCCAGAGGUUCUGCACAUCAACCCGUUGUGUUCCAGGCAGAGACGCUUCCCCACUGGGUCCUGUCUUUAUCCUCCCUAGAAAGAGGUAAAGGGGGACCAUAAACCUGGUGCCAAGAUGGAAAACAAGCUGGCUCUGGGUUCCAUCUCCAGCCUGGGAGCACUUUCCAAGGGGAAAUGGAUCGAACUGGCAUGGGGACACUGCACAUGUCUCAGUCUGCUGACACAUGAAGGCCUUGGGAGCAGAAGGUUGAACCUUCUCAAGACAUCCUGCGUGGAAAGUCCAAGUCCCUUGCACCAGGUUUCUGCAACUGGACCGCCCUUGUGAUGCCAACGGUGAGAUCAAAGGCUUCCCCUCAUCUCGGAAUCCCUGGUCGGAACCAACAGAGGAUGUUCUUCGCUCCGCCUUCGCUCCGCCUACUUCUGUUUUUAGCAGGUCUAAUAAACCCUCUCUUUUUUAUAUAGAAAGUCUCACACACACCCCUCCCCAUUUGAGCCUUCAUGACAUCCCCUCCUUAGGGGCGCCUUUUCCAAUUAAAGACAAGAGCUUUAGCUCGGGUCCCGCCUGUGCUAGGCUGGUCGCCAACUCCUGCCUCUAUUCGUCUCUGCAAAACCGACUGUCAGUGUUUACAUAAGACUUAAGCGGAAAGCCUUCAGUGGGCUGCAGAAGACCCUCCCCCAUCUAACACAACCUGGCUGGCGGAGCACCAAGGCCUGGCGGAGCACCUUUUCACGUAGCUGCAUUAGAAUGGGGGGGGGGGGGGGCGAGAAGGAAGGGACCACCCCUUGGCUCUCCUUAUGGGCAGCCAAUGGUGAAGGAAGAGGUGUCAAAGAUUGCUGUGAGCCUUCUCUUGGAUUUGGAAGACGGGUGGGGUGUCUUUUCUUAAGUGGCCUUGAACUUUUUCUUCCUAUUCUGUUCUUGUACAGAAAAAUACAU